CCGCUUUUGUUAAGCUCUCGCUUAACCCAACCGCCGGGAGCAGCACAAGUGUUCGACGAAAUGACGAGCGCCGCCGGAUCGGCGACGGGCGCCGCCGGAUCGGCGACGGGCGCCGCGCUGGGCGCGCGCACGGCGCGCUCCUGCGACGGCUGCAUGCGCCGGCGGGCGCGGUGGCACUGCUCCGCUGACGACGCCUUCCUGUGCCAGGCCUGCGACGCCUCCGUCCACUCGGCCAACCCGCUCGCGCGCCGCCACCACCGCGUCCGCCUCCCCUCGGCGUCCUGCUCCUCCCCUCCGCGCGACCCCGACGCGCCCGCGUGGCUCCACGGCCUCAAGCGCCGGCCGCGGACGCCGCGGUCCAAACCAAGGGGGAGCAGCAAGCACGAGGCCACGCUCGCAUCGAUCGCCGCGGCCGUUUCGGCAACGGUGCCCGACCUCGAGACGGAGGAGUCUGGCUCCGGCAUCGUGGGCGACAACGACGACUUCCACGGGUUGGACGACGACGACGAGGAUCUUCUGUACCGUGUCCCUGUGUUGGACCCCAUGCUCGCCGAGCUGGACAACCCCGUGACCGACGAGGGGGAGCAGAAGCCGGCGGCCUGCCUGAUCUUGUCACUCGCGGAGACGUCGCCGGAGUUUGCCUCCGGCUCGGCGGAGGCGGACGGGCUCUCCGGAUUCGACGUCCCGGACAUGGAGCUCGCUAGCUUCGCCGCGGACAUGGAGAGCCUCCUCAUGGGAGUCGAGGACGGGUUUGAUAAUCUGGAUUUCUUGGACGAGGAGAAGCCUCAGGUGAACGUGGACCUGGGCCGCAUGAACCUCGAGGCCAUGGCGGCGCCGGCGCCGGCGCCGGAACGAGAUGAGAAGAAAAGGAAGCGGCCAGAGAUGAUACUCAAGCUCAACUACGAGGGAGUCAUCGCCUCUUGGGUCCGUGACGGCGGGUCGCCGUGGUUCCACGGCGAGCGUCGUCCUCACCUCGAUCCUUACGAAGAGUCCUGGUCGGACUUCCCGGCGGGGUGCAGCAGGGGCCUCCUCGGCGGCGCCGUGACAGCGGUGACCGGCGGCGAGCGGGAGGCGCGGGUGUCGCGGUACCGGGAGAAGCGGCGGACGCGGCUGUUCGCCAAGAAGAUCCGGUACGAGGUGCGCAAGCUCAACGCCGAGAAGCGGCCGCGCAUGAAGGGCCGGUUCGUGAAGCGCAGCUCGCUGCCGCCGCUGCCGAGGCCCCCGCCGCCGCCGCAGCAGCAGCCGAAGCAGCCGCCGCGGGCGAUGCCGCAUCACGUGGGCAUGAUGCUCGCGCCGCCAGUGGGCGCGCACGGGCGCUUCCGUUUUUGAGACUAGUCGCGCAUUGCAAAGCAUAGUAUUAUAUAUAUAGUGUGUGCAUGAUGCAUCGGUGCAUCUGCGCGUACACGUACAUGUGAUCUACACAAGGAAACACAACAGACAGUAUCACGUAGCAUGUUCUUUCUACUCUACUUGUAAAUGGGGACGUACCUAGAGUUAGUUUUGAGCAGAAUCCGUACAGAAAUAUUCGUAUCCACCUGAGCAGAUUCUAAUGUGCAAAGAAGCUAAGGAUCGGUAAGUAUAGAUAUGUAAUGCAUAGCUAGGUUGGGUGCUUCUCUUCUGUUUGUAAAGGACCUACUAAUUACAAGGGCGAGUAGAGUUUGAUGCUCGAUCUCAUCGACCAGAAUAUUGGAGUAUUACAUUACAUGUGUAAAUUAAAGGUCUGAAACUCUGAACUGAAGCUGUGUAAGAUCAAAGUGAUGAUCUGAUAUACUAUGUGCGUGGAUUGCUUAGGGUUCUUAA